CGGAGCCGGGGGGAGCGGCGGGAGCCCCCCCGUCCCCGCCCGGCGGAGCGGAGCGGAGCGGAGCGGGCAGGGCACGGCCGGGCAGGGCCUCGCCGUGCUGCGGCAUGGAGGGGACCCGGACCCCCCCCCGGUACGGAUCGCUGGAGUCCACCCGCUGGCCGGAGCCAGAGGAUGAAAUUGUUUCCAUGGCUGACUCCACCACCACCAUCGAUGACAUCGAAGGGGAGCUCUUCAAAAUUGAGAGGAUUAGGGAGAUCCUGGUGAGGAGGGAGUCAGAGCUGCGAUACAUGAUGGAUGACAUUCAGCUUUGCAAAGAAAUCAGCCGGCUGAAAAAGGAGCUUCAGAAACUGAUAGCCCUUCCAGAGACUGAGAAGUCCAACGAGGAGAAGCAGAGGGAGGAGGAGCUGGUGCAGCAGAUACACAAGCUGGUGGAAACUCGGGAUUUUCUGGUGGACGAUGUGGAGUUUGAGAGGCUCAGGGAGAGAGAAGAAGACAAGGAAAUGGCAGAAUUCCUGCAAAGUAAGCUCUCCAAAAGCUACCUCCAGAAAGCAACUCCUGUCAAAGAGAAGAAAAUGACUUCCAGGGGGCAGCAAACCUCCGCCCCGUAUAUGACCAAGACAGGCCUCACGCUGCUCAAGGAGUGCUGUGGCUUCACCUGCUCCAUCAUGUAGCCAGUCCCCAGCUCCUCUGCACAGGACAUGACCGUGGUCUCCAGCCAGAGUCCACUAUCUGCUGUCCUCUGAGAGUUUCAACCUCCCGUCAUUAUUCAUGCUUCCCACUGCAGCACCGCCACUGAAGAGACUUUCCGAGUAGGCUGGUGCAAGCUUGAAUGAUGGCAUGUCUCCUUGGUGCCACGUCAACGGUCGUCUCCUCCAUGACAUCCCAAACACUGAAUCCCACCUGAGCUCAGCUUGGCAGAGGUGUGUGCAGCAGUGAGCCCACGACAAAGAGGUUCUGCACCUGCCAGAGUAAUAAAACAAGCACUCGGAGCUAACGUUUGGAGAACAUUGUGCUCCACCAUCCAAGACAAGCUGUUGCCACAGAUCUCAUCCUUGGCCUUGUACCAACUCGUGAGUCUCUGUGGGAUGGUUCCUAAGGACUCUUUGUGGGGAAUGUCUCUGGUCUGGGUUUUGUUGUGUUUGCCUUGAUGUUAUUGCCAAGUCCCCUAUGGCUCUGGGUAGAUCUGUGGGAAGUGGGAAGGGCAGUCCCCUGAGCCGGCUGAAUGAAGGGCUAAUUCUUGUGGUGUUUUCACCUGAGCACAGCUGUAGUGUGUUGAACUACAGGCAGAUGAUCUGCUUUCCCCACCUUGCUAUUACUGGGUUCAGUUUCAGCUCCAAGGACAAAGAGGAAACUAGAGAAAAAGAGGAAAGGAGACAAAAUCAGAAGAACAGAGCAACAUGCAAAGGAAGAUGAAUCCAAACGGGAGACUAUAAAUGUGGCAGGGAAGGUGGAGAGAGCAGGUGAGAGGCACCCUCACUGCCAAGAGGGCACUCAGCCCUGCCCUCCAGCGCCCAUCCAGUGCCCCUGGGCUUGGCACCAUGAGCUAAGUCCUGUGUGAAGGGCUCACAGCACCCUGAGGUCACGCAGUGUCUCGGUCCUGCUGUCCCUUCUGAGCAUCCCCAUGUGGAGAUGGCACAGCCAGAGCUGCUACACCCACUGCAGGAGGACAGGGGCUCUCCUCAGGGGGUGUGAAGGCCUCUCACAUCUCCAGCACUGCCUGCCCUGUAGGGUGUUGUGGUUUCACUGGGUGGCCUGGGGUGGCUUCCCCUUUGGGUGGCUGCCCAGGAGCUUGGGCUGCCCUCUGGCCAAAGUUCUGAGGCCUUCAGCUCAGCCCUGCUGCAGCUUGCUGGUGGGCCUGGAGGUGGUGGGUGCCUCUGCCUGGCCCAGGGGCUGGCGUUUCUGUGCCAGAGAGGUCACAGCCCACCUGUCUCUUCUCAUUGCACCUGAAAGCACAUUCAUCCCUAUAAAACCACACAGGUGGGACCCUUCCUGGUGCAAUGUCACAAGCAGGUCCAAGUUCCUCCUGCAUUUCUCUAUCAGCACUGCCAGAAAUCCCAGUUCUCUAACCUUUGAAAGGGGGUUUCCACUCACUUGUCCUUCCUGAACAAUCUCCUCUCCAUGUGGUUCUUACCAGCAGCAAUGAAAGUCCAUGAGCUCUUAAGCAGUCCCUCUGCACCCUCACAGGCUGGGGUGCAGGGCCCCAGGGCUGUCACGGUACCUGGCCAUCUCUAGCAAACUUGACCCCGCUGUGGUUCAGGUCUCCUCUGAGCUGACCUCAGCGGUCUCAGUCUGAAGCCUGCUUACAUUUUGUGCUGCUCAUUGUUAACGACCUACUGCAUCCUACAAACACCCCUUGCCGGUUCCUGGUGUUCCCCUUGCUUUGGGGAGGCUCCACUGCGGGCUGGGGGGAGCGCCC